AGAAGAUAAGCAUACUUUUAUAUUUGUUUUAAUAUAACUAUAACAGUAAAUUGAGGAUGCAGCACUCUGGAAGAUGUAUAAUAUUCGGAUGUCUGUUGGGAUGUGUGACUUUUUUUGGAUUGGGUGUGGUUACUGGAUAUUUCUCAAUCCCAAGCCGGACAGCACCGAAAGCGGAGACCCAAGGCCUUCCUCAACAGUCAUCUCCUUUACUACAAAGCUACCAAAAUAAAUGUCAAAGAAAAAUAUACGAAGCUAAAAAUUGUGAGAUAGAACUACCUAGAAAUUAUGUAGCGUAUCAUUUAAAUGGUAAAACAAUAACAGUAGAUGGUAAACUGGAUGAAGAAGCAUGGAAAGAAGUUGAUCAUACGGAAGAUUUCUUAGAUAUUCGAGGAAUUCGCUACCCUAAACCAAAAGAAGAAACUCGAGUGAAGAUAAGAUGGGAUGAUACACAUGUGUAUGUUGGUGCCUGGUUGAAGGAGGAUAAAGUUUGGGCUACGUAUGAUGUAAAAGACUCCCGAAUUUACCAAGAGAACGCUUUUGAGGUAUUUUUCGAUGUAGAGAGAGGGUUACGAAUGUACAAAGAGAUAGAAAUCAAUGCGUUAGGGACAACUUGGGAUCUCAUGUUGACCAGAGCCUAUGAUGAUGGUGGUGACUUUGUUGAUUGGGAAGGUAUUUCAGCUAAAGGUGUUUACACAGAUGGCCUAGUAAAUAUACCAAGUAAAAACACCACAUACUGGUCUGUAGAAAUGGCUUUUCCCUUUGAGGCUUUAUCCGAAAAUACCACUAGGGCACCGGGACCUGCAGAAGAUAAUGAAGUAUGGUUUAUGAUCAUGGCUAGAACAGAAUAUCCUUUGGAAAUCAACAGCACAAAUGGGCGUUAUCAACAGGUGCCUGGUUCGGAAGCCUCUUGGUAUUCUUGGAAUCCAACUGGUGAAAUAGCACUUCAUUUACCCAAUAGAUGGGGCUUGUUACAGUUUAGAAAAGGUUCCCCAAUGAAAAAUAGCGUUGUUAAAUUUGAUAGAUGGAUCAUGUAUAAGGCUUUAUUUGAUAUUUUUGAAGCUCAAAAAGCACGUCAAGCUGUGUUCGGUUCGUUUGUAACAGAUCUGGUAUUUUUAAACCUACCACCCUAUAUAACAAUGGGUAGCUGUUUUACUACAGUAACAGCUGAACUGGUAGAUGGAGGAUUUAAAGCGACUGUAGCCCAUGGUCUAGUUAAAGGUCACAUUAAUCAAAAUAGAUAUACCUGGUUCACCAAUCCUUAGACAUUCCGUUAAUUAUGAAUAUUUCUUUCAUAUUUUUGUAGUAAAAACUUUUUUCU